AUGGCUUUCCCUCUGCAAUAUUGUUGUCUUCUCACCUUCUUCUCUCUCAUUUCUCUUGCUAGCUCCAUACCAACAUCGACAACCCAAUUCAAGCCUCAAACGCUCGUUUUACUAGUUCAGAAAGAUGGUGCCACGAGCCUUCAUGUCGCUAACAUCCACAAGAGAACCCCUCUCAUGUCGAUUCCCUUUGUUGUCAACCUAAAUGGCAAGUUGUCAUGGGUAAACUGUGAGAAACACUACCUCUCCUCAACCUACAAUGCCCCAUUUUGCCACUCAACACAAUGCUCAAGAGCCAACAGCCACUAUUGCCACAAAUGUAUCUCCCUAGUUAGGCCGGGCUGCCAUAACAACACAUGGAUGGUUGGUUUAGGGCACUCCCCAAUUUCCCUACCAAACCAACUUGCUUCAAACUUUGUAAUUGGGGCAAAAUUUGGCUUGUGUCUCACUUCCUCUUCCAAUACUAAUGGGGUUAUUUUCUUUGGAGAUGGGCACUACAAUAUGACUCCUGGAAUUGACAUAUCUAACUCGAACCACCGAUUUGGAUAUGGACCAGUAUAG